AGUAUAAAGUCUGCCGAGAGCCUGGUGAGGCGGAAAUACGGUUGAUGACAGCGAUCCUCCUUCCGUCUGUACGUGGAGAAAGCAGUCUGAUCGCUGGGAGGACCAUGUCAUGCGGGCUGUGGAAAGAAACCCUGGCAAUAGCAGAGGACUACCUGUCUGUCUGCAGUAUUAUCCCUGCCAGUGGGUCCCGGAAAGCCCCGCCUGGUCCUCCUCCCAGCGACUCGGCAGCAGCCAUGCGGCGCCAGGCCCGGGACAUGGAGGCCAAGCACCGGGCCCGCUUCCAUGCCCUGGCACACAGCUUCCUGUGCCAAUGCGGCCCGGACCCCUGCGCCUGUCUGAGGAAGGUGAUGGAGGAGCUGGUGGGAGAUGGACAGAUGAACUGGGGAAGGGUGGUCUCUCUGUUCACCUUCACUGGUGUGCUGGUCAGAGAACUACAGGGAGAGGACACAGACCAGGGGCUGGGUAAUGGCAUGGAGCUGGGGGGGAAGGAGAGCUGCAGGGCACUGGCGGAGACCAUAGCAGACUACCUAGGAGAGGAGAAGAGUGACUGGAUGCUGGAGAACAAAGGCUGGGAGGGCUUCUGUAAGUUCUUCCACACAGCAAGAGAGGUGAACCAGGACUCGUCCAUGAAGACUGCCCUGUUUGCUGCAGCUGGCGUGGGCAUCGCAGGGUUAACCUUCCUCCUGGUCCGCUAACACACAGCACAAGCCCUGCUGCAUCAUCAGUCUCAUUUCAAAGUGAUGGCCGUGUGGUAGGUCUUCAAUGGGUUAAAUGGUGUCACAACAGGGGCAAAACUUAGGGCCAAAAUAUCUUUUUUGAAUAGUGGAUGGGACAUGUCCCCAUUCACCCCCUGGUGAGUUACGCCCAUGACUCACACUGAAGCAGGAUUCCAUUACAUGGUUUAGUUUCAUUCAUCAACUGAAUGUUUCCACAUCUUUCAGUCCGCAGUAAUACCUUCAACUAUUAUUCAGUCAUACCUAGAGAUUGUACCACAACAAACUAAAGGCCUUCUGAAAUGAUGGAAUAUGUGAAUAUUAUUCGUUUGCAUAUCUUUCCGCUGUUAUGUUAUUAAAAUAUAGUAUUUUGUCAAAGCGAGCGCACAGGGGACCACAUGUUGUGUUGACCACAACUGGACUACUAUGGUUGGUUGCAUUCUGUUUGACCGUGCAGCUACAAAGAUGACCAUUUAGAUGUGGAUGGCUGCUUCUCAAAUGGGGACUUCAUCCCUAUAUCAGGGCUAUUCAAAUCCAAGCCUGACGUUCUGAAGUAGUCCUGGUUUUCUGUUCUACCUGAUCACUAAUGGCACCCAACUGGUGUCUCAGGUCUAAAGCCAUUCCUGGUAAGAGGGGAGGAAUGAAAAUCAACAGUGGAACUGGCUUGUUGGUCCAGAUUUCAAUAUCCCUGACCUAUAUAGAAAUGGGGUGACAUUUGGGGACAAACCCCAUCAUUUUGUCCACUGCUUAGUGUCCUGACUUGUUUUUAUGAAUGUCCCUCUUGCUUUUCUACUUCAAGUAAUGUGUGUGUGUGGCAAGAAUAUUUUUUAGUGUAAUAAACAUACAUUAAUAUAUUAUAUUUAUAUGAAAUAAAAAUGUUAAGUUGCCAUCCUUGCAUUGCCCCUUGGCAGAUUUCAUAGUUUUUUACCUUUUUUCUCUGGCUCGUCAUAUCAGACAUCCAUUUCUGGUUUAUAAAAACAGGGUUCUUCUACUCCAGGCCCGGAGGUCCACAUUAUUGGCCGAUUCUUUUCUACCUGCUAAUUGAUUGGCCGGCCAGAGUACAUGCGUCCCGUCUCUGAGAUGAUGAAAACCAGAAGUGUUCAGGUCCUCUAGGCCUGUAGUUAAAUAUCCUUGGUCUGUCUGUGUAGGUUUCUAUCUGUGUCUGAGAUGGUAUGUAAUGUUUUUCAGGGCUUUACAGACAGUGGUGCUACAGUGUGAGAUGAUAUUAAGCAUGUCUGCCUCAGACCAAUUGACUAGACAUGGUCUGCAUUGCAAAUGCACCCUGUUCCCUAUAGUGCGUGACUUAUUUAUGUCUUUUUCUAAAUAAAAAGUUUGUCAUGGA